CCCCCGACCCUGCCUCCCCGGGACCCACCGCCCCCGGACCCUCCGGACAGCAGGACCAGGCUGCUGAGAACCUGCCCCAGACUUCCACCCGGGCAUCUGUCUCCUCCGAAGAAGUAACCAGUGUGUGGAGCCUGCCCCACACCCGCCACCUGACAAACCACGGCCUUUACCUGUGUCUUCCGGUGUUUCCCGUGCGACCCGUCCUGUGGGAACGCCUCCUGGGCCGCCCCCGAGUUCCCCCAGCAUUCGGCGGCGCCAAUGGUGAAGAUGACGAGGUCCAAGACUUUCCAGGCCUACCUGCCUUCCUGCCACCGCACCUACAGCUGCAUCCACUGUAGGGCUCACCUGGCCAACCACGAUGAACUCAUUUCCAAGUCGUUCCAAGGAAGCCAAGGACGAGCUUACCUCUUUAAUUCAGUAGUUAAUGUGGGCUGUGGACCUGCAGAAGAACGGGUGUUGCUCACAGGACUGCACGCGGUCGCAGAUAUUUACUGUGAAAACUGCAAAACCACCCUGGGCUGGAAAUACGAACAUGCCUUUGAGAGCAGCCAGAAGUAUAAAGAAGGCAAAUACAUCAUUGAACUAGCGCACAUGAUCAAGGAUAAUGGCUGGGAUUGAACGGAGGCAGAGUCCACCCAAACCAGUGUCUAAGCGAAUGCCAUCCAACCGAACAUUAUACCCAAGAGUGAGAGAGUGACUGAACGCUUGGUUCCACCCAUUUAGAGGCUUUCCCCACCCGGGGGCAUCCUCCCACCCUAACUCCAUCUUGACUGGUGACUAGCCUCUAAGCCGCCGUCUCUCUGUCUCUACGCUUUGUGUCUGUUGUGUGAGUUGACCCUGGCUUCUCUCUCUGUUCUAGUGUUGGCUAAAAAAGAACGAAUGCACCGUAAGCUCGGCCACGUUCCACUCCGACGAAGGGGUGAGAACCCACCGAAACAGGCCGCCGGGGGCUGGGAGGGGGGAGGCAGCAAUUGAGCUGGAUAGCAGUGGUACAGGGACUGGAGAAGGAAAGAGACCCCUGAACACCCUGGUGCUGGGGGGGUGGGAGGGUGGAGGCAGGAACGAGGUUUUGUUGCUCCUAAAGUCCUGGUUAUCCAGGUUUGAAAAGAUCAACUUGUCUAUGAGGACAAAAAAAACAACCAACAAAAGAAAAAAUACCUCAUGAUCGCGUUCUCUCUCUGACCAGAAAUUUCUGUUCCUGACACCGGUGUGUGUGGGUAUCAAACUGAGCAUGAUUGUGGCCCCCGGUCCCUUUCACCUGCUUCAGAGGCAGGUGGCUGGUUUCCCCGGGUGGAACGUGGUGCUCAGCACUAGCCCCAGCCAAUGGCUGGGGUGAGUGUGUUUGGGGUUUUGAUGACUUGCUCACGUCUUAACCAAUCCCAGAGUUGUUUUCUCCUCUGCCCCUUCAGCAAGAGGGAAAACUGCCUUGCAUCACAUGCCCAAGAUCCAAUUUUCCCCACAAAGCAAGGGGACCAAAGCCUGGGACAGGGGGCCCAAUAAAUAGGGAAGGUGAGAGAAUAGCCCAGACUGAAAUGGAAGCUUAGAGGAUGCUCCAGGAAGAGUUCAGAUCUCGGGCGGGUUAAAUCGCAGCCAAAUUGGGUCAGAGAAACCAAUUUCGAGAUGGUUCUCUCAUUCUUAUUCCUCCCGGAGAACAGCUAGGACUUCGUCUUAGCUUUGAUUCCAGGAUGAGGUAGAAGUCAGCGUUCCUCCCAGAGAGUGGGGUAUCCUUCGAUGGAAACAGCAGCGGAGUAUGGAUCCCUUGGCCUGCAGACCUGUCUUUCCAGGCCAUUGAAGAUCAAAUGGUGAAGCCCUGCAAUUUCCCUUGUUGUUAUCCUUAGACGGGUGAAUCGGGGCAGCAGAGGAGAGUGAGUGAGUUUGAUGACUAACUAGAAAUAACCAAUCAAAUAUCAUCUUUUCCCCAGACUCCAUGAUAACGGAGGAGGAGGGUUCAUGAGGGAAAGAGAAGUUUGUUAUGUUUUAUCAACACUGUGAAAUUUGUUCUACAGCAAAUCCAGCCAGAAUCUGGUGCAUGACAUGAAACUUAUUUAACUGAGUUAAGUUCAUUUCUUAGCUUGAAAAAUAUUGUGUUGUUGUUGCUGUUCUUGUUACUGUUAUUAUUUAAAUGUGUGAUUCUCAGCAUCUCAUUCUUCAAGUAGACCGAUCCGGUAGGAAAAUCCACCUUAGUGUCACAGAUAGUGUAUUCAUGAAAGUGGGAAUCUGGAAUGGAAUGUUCCACUGUCAGCCGGGUCUGAUGUGUAGAUCAGUGGAUUCAAGAGGUUUUUAGGAUUGACUCUGGAUCUUGAUCAGAUUUCCACCCAGGGUGGGCGACUGGGGGCAGUGGGAGGGUGUAAAGGAGUGGGUGGUGGUCUUCCUGGUCACUCACUUGGAUGUGGUAAAAUCAAUCUGAAAACACAGAGUUCUGACCGACAAGGAAGCCCUAGGCCUGGAUGUUGACAUGGGGACUUUUUUCUGCUCUGGAAGCUGAGUUGCUCCAGGGUAGGACUGGGGUGGCUUGUGAAAGAGCAUUUAGUCUCUGGCUUCUUAUUUGCUCCCAGCAAAAUGUCAACACUGCUCCCAGCUCUUCCAACACUAGGCAGAAUGCAGCCAAUCCAAUCUCAAAAUCGCCCUGGCAAGUUUCACAGGGGAAAAUGAGGCAUGGGGAGAUGAGAGUAGUCGGUUCUGGCCCCCAGAGGUAGAUCCUUUCAGAAUGGACAGACUGGCACUGGAUUUUAGCUUCUGGCCAUCUGAUCAGCUCCCCAGGCCCAUCCAAAAAACUCUUGAAGCUCCGAUGAUUCUGAGUGAGCCCCCUGUUCACAACUAGUCACAUCUCCACUCUAUUCCCACUGGACAACCCAUUGAUUAGGGCCACUGGAUUUGCUCAAGGAAAAUCCCAGCUGCAUAGAUUCCCUUAAGUAGGGACUGGGGUUUUCUCGACCCUAGGGGACUUGAUCCCUAGGGAGUUGCUUUGUUAAAAUGUUUGGAAACUGAGGAUAUUUUUCAAGAUUUAAUUUGAACUGGAGCUGUCAGGAUGUGUACUUGAGAUCCGUGAGGUCCAAGGGAAGACCAGCUUUGCUCCUUAUGAGUUCCUGAGGGAGCAGGCCCUGACUUCUCCUUCAAUUUGACAAGCUACUGACCAGAUUCUAGUUCCUGUUGCAUCCAAUUCUGUAAAAAAUUGAGCACUUAUCGGGUGCCCGAUGCACUAAAACACCAAUAGGAUGAUGCUUUCUGUCCCAAAUGCAGUUGAACUCCUUCUUUAGGCUUACUUCCCUUUGUCAACUAAACCUAAAGUGCUUCUUAUAACUCUCGGUCCACCCAUGGCUCUUCCAUUUAACGUCUGGAAGUAUUUGGCGACCACAGCCGGGAAAUGGAACACGUCAGCUGGUGGGCUUAAUUAGUUAAUUCUUUCUUUCAAUCAAUCGUUAUUUAUCGAGCACUUACUGAGUGCAGAGCACUCUACAAAGUGCUUGGGAGAGUACAGUGUAACAGAAUUGGUAGACACGUUCCCUGCCCACAACAAGCUUACAGUCUACCAUAGCCUACUCAGAGCAUAACUAAAGACCUCACCCACACAUGCCAUUGGUAGAUUGGUAGAUCACUGGAGUGAGCAUAUGGAGCAGAGGGGGAGGGAGGGGGAAGGAGGAAUGGCUGCCUUCAUUCUCGAACCAAGAGUCUCCAGUUUCAGUUCACCGGGUGCUCGUGGCCCGCCUCGGCCUGGACUGAGACGCUGAGGGCCAGAGCCCGUCAUCUGAGUCUGCUCCUCGCAUCUCAAAGGAAGGGGAGCAGGAUGGGCUAAAAUGAGAGUCACCCGUGCUGGGAGAGUGGGCUGCCGAACACGGGUCCUCUUGUUACAAGUUUCCGCUGGUAAUGUAUAAAGAACAGGAACGCCCGCUUUUGAAAUCUACCUUUGUAAAUAAUAUUUAAUUUUUUAAAUAAUAUAUUUGGUGCUGUUUUCUCAGAUACCCUGAGAGCACUUUUUAUUUUAUUUUUAAAUUCUCCUGUAUCCUUGGCAUUUCUUGAGAGACGUUUUAAGGGAAACACCGACCACCGGUGCACUCUGUUUUCUCUAAUGCUGUUGUCGUGUCUGGAGGAUGCGAAAGAACAAUGCUUCUGCUUUCUUUAUUCCAGUAGAACUGACAUCGGUGGUACAUAACCAGAUUGUGCAUUGAAUUCUCUCCUUGCACCAGGAUUGGCUAGAAAAGACAAAGAAAGAUGAAAUCUGUUGACAUGCGUUAAGUUGCGACUCAGAAUGCUUUCUCUUUUUGAGGCAAUUUCCGACACAUUGGAAUCUCGUUUUUAACCGUCUGUUUUUUAGAAGUAUUUUGGGUUGUGGCUCCCACUUUCCUUUCCACAGGGGACAUUCUGGUAGCUACAGUGAAGUUUACACCUCCAGCAGUAAGGUUUUCUUUAUUAUUAUUUUUGCUUUCUCCUCUUUUGAUUGUUCAUCCUCCGUCUCCAAGUGGACCAACAGCACAAACCAUUGGGAUGCAUUCUGCUGGGUGUGGAGCUGUUUGCUCUGUUGCAUUGCCGUUGCACGCUCUUCUUUCUUUCCUUUUCUUUUUUUUUUUGUGCACAACUUCUAAAAAUGGUGGAAUUUGUUGUCCUUGUGAAAAUCAAAGAAGUCAAACCUAGAUGUUUUUUAAUUGCGCCAUGAGUGUAUUCCUUAUGUGCACAUUUAUGGAACACAUGCCUGUGGGUAAACAGCUUUUUAAAAGGUCAGAAAUCUCAGGGUCAGGAAGAGACCUGGGAAAUCAAAUCCUCGCAACGAUGAACUUCUAUCACCUUUAACAGCACUAUCCAAAGUGAGAAAACACUGCAGAUGUGGGAAUGGGGUUAAAUUUAAAUGUAUACAUUAAAGCCCAUUGGCAUUUUAGGGUAACAAAGGAGGGGACGUAAAUUAUUCCCACCUGACCAAAUUCUUCACGACUUUAAUUUUUUUGUUCAGAAUUUGGGUGAGUGGGAUUGCUCUCCAUUCCCAACCAUCAGAGAUUUUCUUUAGUCUGUUAAUGCUCUUGUGUUUACAAAUUGUGUUAAUUGUUAAGGGGUUUGAGGGGGCGGGGGAGGGGGCCAUUCUUUCAUGCCACUUGAUUCAGUAAAAAAGGUAAUUGUUUUCAGAUGAUUUGUCUUCACCUUUUUCUGUAUUGGUACACAGUGAUUCAGUAUUAGCGGAAAGUGCAUUGUUUCUGUCAGUUCCAAUCUGUGUUGGUGCUCAUUUGAGAAAAUAAAGUUUUCAGAUAUUAA